GGAAGUGAAGGUGCAGUAUUUAGAAUAUUGAUAGUACAAUUCAAUGGUGUUUGCAAAAUCGAAAACAACACAAUGAUCGAAUGUGAACAGCCGAAUAUCACCGACAACGAGGUGAUAGAUCAUGAAGAGUUUCUUGAUCGCAUAAAGAAAACGCUCUACUACGGCUCGUCAAAGGUACGGUGUACCAAAAUUAGUCGACCGCUGGCCGAUUACGCCGCGGAUGUGUUUUCUGAAACCCAUCGAGGUCAUUCCCUCAGUCGACUGAACUUUGCGACUGUGGGUAAUCUCUCCGUAACGCCAUGCUCGCUCAUCCUGGCUAUGAUCUAUCUUGAUCGUUUGAACGCCACAGAUCCGACCUUUGUUCGCCGCAUUACUCCGUCUGAAUUAUUUAUAGUCUCAAUGAUGGUUUCAACAAAAUUUUAUUGCGGUUACGACGAAGACAUUUAUCUAAGUGCCUGGGCUGAAUACGGCAAAAUGACCCCUGAUCAGAUGAAAGCAUUGGAGUUGGAAUUCUUAGACGCCAUGAACUGGAAUGCUUACGUUUCCAAGCACGAUUUCUUUGAAAAAUUGAAAUGCGUUGAAAAAGUUCUAGCAAAAAGACAGGGUCUCACUCGAGGCUGGUUGACGUACACGGAGCUUAUCAAUUUUCUACCUUCGUUCGCCAUGGCGAAACAGUUGAUACACUAUAGUACCGUACUCGCUCUAAGUUACACCGCCAGCGUAAUGACUAUUGCUGGCGCCUUCUUGUUAGCUAGCAAUCUUCAUCUCCCGGGAAAUCUAUUGUACAGAGGAACAACAACCCUCAAUAGUGAUGGCGUCGCCGGCCGCUGCACAUUAUCGCAAAAUACCCAGCGUACCAGAAUCGACAACAUUUCUGACAGUACCGGAUCUGUUGUUGACGAAACUAACUCUCUUGAAGACUGCAUCUCAGAUGUUGCGAUAUCCGCAUCUCAAAUAGAAAUAAUGAACAAAACCCUAGAAGACUGUGAGGCAUGUUUUGCUCCAGGGCAACAACAGCAAGGGCUGCACAAACAGCUUUGGCAUGGUACAAACAAACGGCAGGCUACGAUUUACCCAUCCUACCGAUACCGUAAUAUUCGAUUCAUUUAUGAUUUUACCGGAGGUAAUAAUUUGGUUUCGCAGGUUGAUUUCCUUCGCUCAGAAGAGGAACACAGCGAUUUAGAACAUGAAGCAAACGCUAAAGAUCUGUUCGGCGAUUUGAAUAAUGGCGCAUUGCCUAAUUGUUCAUACGAUUGCUUCAUACCACUGAUGGGUAAAAGCAAGUGGUGCGCAGAAGGAGAGCAGGAGACUAACGAUGGUAUAUACAAGCAUUAUAAGCGAACAUACGAUAUGUUUAGUUCUCUAUUGAAAUUUCUCUAACAAUCAACAAGAACAAUAGCAGUAGUUAAACUAACAGCAUCCUGAUAUUGUUUCGUUAAAAGGAACCGCAAACUUACAAAGGAGUUAUUUAAAAUCUUAAUCUGAAAAUCUGUACCUUUUAAUUCGCUUCAUUCCCGUUUUUACAAGAAAAAUUAUUUAAAGAAAAAACUAAUUAUACCACGUUGUACUAGAUAAGAAGCAUAUUGUUUCACUUUUUCUACUUUUGUACGUA